AUGUCUACUUCUUCGUACGAUUUCAGAAGAAAAAGAAAUUUGCGAAUCAUCGUCGGUUCCCUUUGGGUGCUUGUAUGCAUCAUUGUGGGCCUUUCUCUUGCCUACUGGUUCACUAGGACAAAACCUUUGGAAGAAAUCAACCAGAAUCAUCCAUCUCUAGGAGGGCCAUACAAGCAUGCAGCCGUGGCGUCGGACGCUGGACCGUGUUCUCACGUUGGCACGGACAUCCUUCAAAGAAACGGUUCGGCUGUUGAUUCGGCGAUUGCUACGAUGUUGUGCGUUGGAGUAAUCAAUAUGCAUUCCACAGGGAUCGGAGGUGGUGGCUUCAUGCUUGUGUAUAAUCGGAGUAGAGCGUCGGCUGAGGUCUUUGAUUUCAGAGAAACUGCUCCAGAAAAAGCCAAGGAGGAUAUGUUUAAAAACGCUAGUUUUAAGGAAAUUAAUAGUAAGUGUGCACAACUGUUUGCUGGGGGCAAAACGUCAAUCCCUUUAGCCUUGUUCACUGACUUCAUUCAGGCAGCGGGGGAGAGUUUUGGGUCGCACUGUUAUUACUUACCAUAGGGUAGACUAUCCAGAGUGUACCCACGUGUACUUUUUUUAAAGAAAAAAAAUGAGCAAUCACCCUCAAUUGUAAGUCAGCAGUCAGUUAUAACAGUUUCAUCGUUUUCUCCGUUCCUUCAAAGGAUUUACUGACAAUUUGUUUGCGCAAUAUACUGGUAACUGGCCGCUUACUAGACGUUCCACCGUAUAUCAAUUUUUUUUUCGCUUGAAGUACACACCUUUUUUUAAAAUGAUGGAAAUAUUGCUUAAUACGUUAAAUAGUCCUCUCUUCCUCGAUUGCAUCAGCAGAACUGAAAAUAACUUUAAUCUGAGUUGAUUUUUUCGUUCUUUGUUUAUCCACGAAGCACUAAGGAAUUCGUCUGAACUCGUUUAAACGUGUCCAUGCUUUUCAGAUCGAAUUUGAAUGUGGAAGUGUGUUGAUUUUUAAGGAGAAGGGAAAACCAGAGAACCCGGAGAAAACCCCUCUCAGACCAAAGGGGAGAACCAACAACAAUUCAACCCACACAUGACGUCGAAACCGGGAUUUGAACCCGGGCCACAUUGGUGAGAGGAGAGUGCUCUCACAACUGCGCCACCCUUGCUCUCCUAGGCAAGACAAGGCACGAGGGCCAAUUAUCAUGAAGACAAAAGAAUGACUAAAUAUGAUUCUGGAAUAGAUUGUAUGUUGGUAUGCAAGAGACCGGGUUACGAUAUUUAUAACGUCAAUAUAAGUGUCCUAUUUUGGGAAAUUACUAAGAAAAUUUGGGGACUGCAUGUCCUAGUGAUUAGCUAAGUUUCGUGUCCCUGCGAUGCUCAGCAGUAGACAAGAACAAGUUGACCGAUUGGUUGUUUAUUUGUAGAAAUUUGAAUUUUGAAAUGAAAUCGAGGGGUCCCCAUACUCGUUAAGGAGCAGGAGUAAGUUGCCUGUACGCAAUGAUUCCUUAAAUACCAAUAUGAUUAUGUUUACGAGUACAUGAUUUUAACUCGUCAACGACGAUUGCUUCUUUUUCUGUCCUGGGAAUUAGUUUAUAUUAAUUGUAGAGGAAGAAAGUAACCACUUAUUUAUUUUUUUUUUUUGAAAAAGAGAGAAAAAACGACAGGUCACCAUACUUGUUCAAGAGAAAAUGAAAGUUGACCUCUUUGGGUAGCUCCAGUCUAAGACAAAAGUCGCCAUGUUUUAAUGCGCUUGUGCUAAUCAGGCUUGAAAUUCUGCUCAGCGCACUGCAAUCCUAAGGAAUAACCUUAAACGCUUUUUUCCCAAGGCACGUUAGCAACAGGCGUUCCUGGCGAGGUUCGCGGUUACUAUACAGCCUGGCAAGCAUAUGGACGGUUGCCCUGGAAACAGUUAGUCCAGCCGGCAAUUGAUAAGGCCAAGUAUGGAUUCCUCAUAAACCCUGCGCUCUACAUGACCAUGUUGAAAGAGAAAGACAGCCUCAAAAAAGAUCCUGGAUUGAGGUGAGUUGAACUACGAUUCAGGGCUUUUAUGGGUAUCAAGUGACCCACGGUGACAGGAACUAUUAAUAAAGUUGUAUAACUGUAAUAACAGUUCUUUUGGGUCACUGAAAACGUAAUACUUACUCAUGGCAACUUCGAUCUUUCGCUAGCCUGCGUCAGAGACGACGUAAUUUAACCCCGGUUAGUAGUGUCUGCCAAGCAGCGCCGAAAUCCUUGUUCUGGUCCCCCACGGACUCGAAGAAUUACCGGAAAUGCGUUUCGAAUUUCCCUUCAGUAGCUUGAUUGGCAAAUCGACAAUGGUCUUUUUAACUGCCCAAUCAUGGUGCGUACUCAAAUCCUGGCACACUGGUGAGGGUCCAGAACAAGAAUUUAGGUGCUGUUUGGCAGACGGACUGAACCAGAAGUUUAGUUCCGUCUGUGGCGCAGGCUAUCCUUCGUGUUUCGUGUCCGUCGUCCCCAGUGUUUUCCCGUUUCAUUUUCUCUCACCCGGCCACCAUCCCCUUGGAUUUAAAAAGGAGUAUUAAGCCCUUAGGACUAGGGUACAUUUUUUUCUAUUCGAUUUUAUCUCAUAACUCAGUUACUAGAACCUAAACUCUACUUUCUUUUUAAAAGUAGGAGGCUCAAAUAUUUUAUCAUGUGUUCUUAGGGAGAUAUUAACUGAUAAAGAUGGAAACCUUAAAAAUUUAGGAGACAACAUUACCAACCCACAAUACGCGAAUACACUCGAGAAGAUACGUGACGACCCCGAGAGCUUUUACAAAGGAUCAUUGGCCGAAGAAAUUGUAAAGGACAUUCAGAGACGGGGUGGGAUCAUUACUUUGCAAGAUUUACAAGACUACAAGGUCAUCAGGAAAAAGGCGUUAGUAAAUCAACUGGGUGAUAUAACAUGGUACACAGUGCCACCACCAUCUAGCGGACCGGUGAUAACUCUGAUAUUAAACAUUCUGAAAGGUAGUUUCGGAUAUUUCAUUUGUACAUCUGUUUUGUACGGUCGUCCCUUUUGGGAAUGGCCUAAUGUAAUGAUAUGUGUUAUAGUCGUGAGCUCUAGACAAACUCUCUUUUAGUCUAGCUAUCCAUCAGUCAAGAGAAAAAAAUUUGUGACGUCAUGUUCCCAGCAAAACAUGCAAUUUUAGAAAAAGACGACUUCCGCAGUAGUUUAGAACUUAGAAGCUAAGAAAGAUAUUUGAUUUGAUUUUAUAGCCAUUUUUUCGCUUUAAUUACUGCUGAGCCUCCAUUAAGCGGCAAGCCUCUCUUAAGCGGCCAGUAAUCAAAGUUUCAAGCGGUGGCCGCCACCCUUUGGCCAUCCCAGUGACAGUUCCUAUUGUUGUCACCUCCAUUAACCCUUUCACUGCCAGAGUGUUUGAUGUAGUUUUGUAGGGUGACUUUAUUUUUUGAGUCUGUGGACCAAAUCUUAUGAUGUGACCAUUCAAAUGAACGGCUCUCUGCCUGUACUUACACAUGGUGAUAUUUGUUUGUCAAACUUUUACAAAAUGAAAUGUGGAAAUGUGGUCGAAAUUUGCCUUUGGACACAUUUGGCAGUGAAAGGGUUAAGCGGCUACCAAGCGUUUGAUACACUUAGUUUGGCUUUUUCGAAAAGAAUAUGAUAAAGGAAUAUUAUAAUCAUUAAAUAUGAUGAAUCUUAGCUCAAACUUUAAGGUCCUCAAGAAAUGCCGAGGGAAGCUUGAGUGUUUGAUCUUCGAAAUGCUUAUCAUCAGAGACAAAACACCUACAUUAAACACUCAAGCGGACUCCAUCCGGGCGAAACUUUUUAUUUAAUUGUUAGUUUGCUCCCUUUUCACGCCUCAAUUUAACUUGACAUAUUCCUGACACUUUCUUUUUCUGUAUAUAUAUCACCAAUUCAUGCUAAUUUUUGUUCGCAUUUGAUAAUGAUGAUAUGGAGUCAUGGAAACGUCGUGUUACUUUUUUAUCGUUGAUUUUUCUUUCAAAAAGGAAUUAUUGUCCAAGAAAGGAGGUAAAGCUGAUUGUGUACCAGUAACUGUACGUCCACUCCCGUCGCGUGUCUAAUCUGCUAAAGAUUAUACUAAUUUAUGAAGAACCAUACAUAAAUAUAAAAGAUAAAAUGUGAUUGGUAGAGAAAGACAGUAGACGGAAUUGUAUACAUAGGUUACCUCAAAAAUACAAAUUAAAAAAGGACGCUUUCCAAAAGUCAGAACUAGUCGGCCAUACGGGUCAUAUUGAAAAUGAAAUAAUUUAAUUAGUGUUUUCUCGAAAUUUUCGCUAAAACCCAUCACUGCUAUGCAUAUUAUUUAGGAAUUAAUUGAACUGGUUGAAUAGUCCAGAUUAAUACGUAUUGAAAUUCUUGUUACGACUGAUCUGGUGUGGCCUGCCAGUUCUGACCAAUAGGAAGCGCCCUUUGUCUCGUACAGAGCGUAAAAGCUAAUACCCUAUGGACAUCCUUGUGUUUCACAGGUUACAAUAUGACGUCAGAAUCACGUGCCAGCACAGCCAAGUCUUCCCUAACAUAUCAUCGCAUAAUCGAGGCUUUUAAGUUUGGUUACUCAUGGAGAGCACGGCUGGGCGACCCGGCCUUUGUCAGCGGUAUGAGCGAGGUUGGUAAAAUAACGACGGAUGUCAAUGCCAUGUAUUCCUCAGUUUUUUUUUCUUUUCUGUGUCGUUUAAAGUCAUUCCUCUGAAAGAGAACCUGUAGGGGGGGAUUUUUGUCAAAGUUUACCGAUUGGUAGUUUAAGUUGUGGAACUUAAUUUUGGAAAUAAAAACAAGGGGUCCCCAUAUAUACUCUUUUAGGAGCAGGAGCAACUUGUAUAUAAGUAAUGAUUCGUUAAAAUACCAAUAUGAUGAGUACAUGCUUUAAACAUGCUACCGCCAAUUGUUUCUUUUCCUGCACCGGAAUUAGCCUAUAUAUAUUUAUUCUAGAGAAAGAAAGUUACUGCUCGAUCGAAAAAAGAGAGAAAAAGAAAAUGAUAGGUCACCACACUUGUUGUAAGAGAAAAUGAAGAUUUAUCUCUUUUGGUCGCUCCAGUCUUAAGACAAAAGCUGCUAUGUUUUAAUGAGGGCGUGCUAAUCACGCGUCAAAAUAUGCGCAGUGAGGAUGCGCACUGCAAUACUAAGGAAUAACCUUAACUAUUUUAAACUAUUUUAAAUGCAUGUUUGUUUACAGGUCGUUUCUAAGAUGACUAACCAAACGUUUGCCGAGACAUUGCGACAAAAAAUUUGGGACAACCAAACCCACAGUAACGCUUCAUACUACGGAAACUUUCGGUUUGCAAAAGACUACGGGACUUCUCAUCUGUCUGUUUUGUCGCCAAAUGGCGAUGCUGUAGCCCUGACGUCUACCAUAAACUACUAGUAAGUAGGCAGUGUAAGCAAGACAUCAUACAGAACGUAGACUGCGAGCAGCCUCUCUUUUUCCCCAGAUUUAGUAAUGGGAGUACACGUGCGCGCUAGCGUUGACGAGACGAAAGAAACGAGGGCGGCAGGCAGCUGAGAAAAAAAAAAGGGAGAGACUCUCUUUUGUCGUGCCUCUCUCGUUUCGCGCCUUCAGUCACGCGCGAGUUCAUUUGCUCGACAGACCAAGAAAAAAGAGAGACUGCUUGGCGCAGUCUAUACAGAACGAGACGCAGUUGAUAGAAAUUCAGUUCAAUUGUAUCUCCCUCUCCCUUCCCCUCUUAGAAUCUCGUGCGCUAACGUAACCGGCCAUAUAAAAAGCGAUUGCUUGCCUUGUGUAUGGAGUUUAAAAAGAACGAAGCAAAAUUGAAGCAUAUCAUUAUUGGUUAAAACUGACCGGCCACACCUAGCUGAAUGUGAGCAAAACAUUUUCACCUUUCAAUACAGAGAGCCAUACAACACGGAAUAAAACCCAAUCGUUGCCUUUUUUUUGCUGAUAUCUUUUUUUGAUGCUCGUACCCGACCAGAGGUUACUCUGAAAGUGUGAAUAAAGUGCCGUAAACUUCCGCUUUUAAGCCCCCCACUUAUAAGCCCUCCUAGUCACAGGCGUAUCUACCAGUAAACAAAAAGAUGCACGCGGUUGUAAGCCCCUCUUCUAGCACUUAUUGAAACGAAUUCGUUUUUUAAGACGUUUUGAAUCUUAAAUUUAAAAAAACCGCUCUGUAGCUUUGUUUGUGAAACGGUUUUCUUAGUCCGGCGUGAGCCCAUAACCCGGAGCGAGCAACUCCCAUACUAAGCCUGUGUCACAGCGUUUUUACGGACCAUUCUAUUUUAAGACACAUUUUAGGGCAAUUUUUCCCGCGAAAAUGGAAUCUCCGCCACGUCUAUAUUAACGCAUUUGAAGUAUAAGAUAUCAAAAAGGAACACGUAACGUCAUUAAAAGGCAAAAAUUAUCAUUCUUAGGUCUGUUGGUUUUGCUGACUGAUUUGUGUGACUAAAGAGACAUUCUAAAUUCGCGCCAAAACCGUUCUAAAAAUAAACUGGUCCGUGAAAAUGUGGUGACACGGGUACACGGACGUUGCUCGCACCAGUUUAUGGGAUCCUGGUCCGGUUAUAAUCCCCCUCGGAUAUAAGCCCCUUCGUUUAUAAGCCCUCCUAAAACCCCUUACGAAGUUGUAUAAUCCCAGGGCUCAUAAGCAGAAGUUUAUGUUAUUUAAGCUACAAGGUGCAAGAGUGCCAUAAAAUUGGACCAAACUCGAGUGCUUUGUUGCCGUGCUAACUGAUUAUUUUGACAGCUUUGGGUGUAAAUACCGUUCCACUAAAACUGGAAUUACCUACAACAACGAGAUGGGAGAUUUCUCGACUCCAGGCCAGCUCAACCCUGAUGAGAUCGAACCUUCCAAAAGUAACUUUAUUAAACCCGGAAAAAGACCUCAGUCCUCCAUGAGCCCGGUCAUUUUCACGGACAGAAAUGGCCGAGUAAGACUGGUUGCAGGAGCCUCAGGAGGACCCUUGAUUACGACAGCUGUUUCUCUGGUGAGUUACAUCUGCCUACAAGUGACUGCAACCUUACAGCGCCGUUCAUAGAAUUCUGUCAAAUGUUCGCGCCAUUCCGUUUGGGAAGCUUCAGUAAAAUAUGGGCUGUGAUUUGAGGUGAUGCAAUCUUUCCACUGUUCAGCUGAAUUGGAUAUAUUUUGAAGCGGGUUUUUAUCCCACCACGUCUAAUUUUAUAGUUUUGCACAAGAUUUCCUCCCGGAUGACUUGUGUAGAUCAGGUAAGCACCCCUGAAGGUUUUGUGUUGCAAACCAAAGUAUCGGUCAAAUACACCUUACCAUUUGAUUUGUCUUUAAAUCAGAUUUUUCUCUCAGUCUUCUUGUGAAAGAGCGUUGCGUGACCAGGAAGGCGACUACUAAGGGCCUGUUCACAUGGAGUUGGGGACCUCAGGUAGGUGAGGUAUAAACCCGCCUGUCUAUAUAAUCUCUCUUAUGGUCACCUCAUCUAUCAUGUAAACGUGAUCAAAUUGAAAUGAGACUUUAGGGAACCUAAGCAACCAGAAAGUUGACGUCCCGGACGUCAAAAGUGGCAACCGGAAGUUGAUAUUUUCUCUCUCACGGUGCUCUGACUCGACAAAUUCGUACAGCGGGAGUUAAAACAAAGGCAUUAAGAUUCGUUGUGCGAGACAGAAGCGUUCCAUCAAGCGUGAAAUUGAAUUUCCGGUUGCUAUUCAUGGAUAGGCAGGUUACUCCACCUAACCGCGUUACCUCACCUACCUGGGGUCCCCCAUGACCUAACGACACUUCGCUAAGGAAAGCAAUGUAAUUUUACAAUUUGCGUUUUUGCAGGCUGUUAUAAAUGAGCUUUGGCUGUCACGUGGUAUCUCCAACGCGAUUGAUUAUCCGCGAGUUCAUCACCAACUUUUUCCAAAAACAGUGAUGAUUGAAGAGCCUCCUUACACCAUCUCCCGGGGAAUCCAAGAUGGUUUGCGAGCCCGCAAACACAACAUUACGGUCAAAGAUGCCUAUGCUGCUGUACAGGCAAUAGUUCGAAAUAGGAAUGAAGAAAUUUACGGUAAAAGUGACCCAAGAAAAUAUGGAUGGCCUGAUGGAUUCUAAUAGUCAAAAAUUAUUCUCUAGUUUAAUUGUCUAAUCUGACACAGGAGCCUGACAUUGUUGAUAUAUUUUGUAUCUUUUCAAUACCGAGCAUGUCUUUCAUCCUUAGAAAGGG